UGUAUUAUCUUGCGUUAUAUAUAUUCUUUAAAAUCAUUAUUUAUUUAUUUUUAAGUUAUCAUCAUACUUUUAUGAUGGUAGUACACGUGCUUUAUAAAGUUAAAUGUUUAAGUUUGUGUGAGGUCCUUAUAUCAAUCAUCCACACUGUAGUCUGUAAUGUACGUGGACCUUGGAUUUGAAGACCGAAACACAAAAAUCUUGAGAUUUUAAACAAAUAUACCACACUUUUUUUAUGCGUAAAGAAAAUAUUUCUCAUUCUUCCCAACACUUAGUAACAUAACGGAAAACAUACCUGUUUGUGAACCAUUUUAAUUAGACAUUUUGUGAAAAUAAUUUUUCGUUAUUAUUCAUAAUAAGAACGUCUUCCACAAGGUCCUAUGAAAUCCUUUCGUCCGUCACGUUCCAUUGUGACAGUGGUCCACAGUUUAUGGUAUUUAGGAGUGAAAAGAAUUAAAUCUCCCACUGCGUUGAGCUUUAUUCGUGUUAAACUUAACAGGAAUUAUAAUCAACAUUAUUGUUUACAUUGUCAGCCAAGUGUAGUAAUACAAAUUCAAAAUUUUUGCACGACGAAUUGGGUUAAACAGAAUGAAAAGGGAGGAGGAUCGACUGUGAAAAGCCUAACCUUGCGAGAAGAAGUAUUCCAGCGGGAAGAAUCGAGAAACAAGAAAACAUUUAUUACGGCUCUUGAAAGUUAUGAGAAAAGGGAUAGGCUGAGGAGAGGACACGUGGAGUUUAUAUAUAGUGCUCUUAAGUUCAUGGAAGAAUUUGGAGUUCACAAAGACUUAGCUGUAUAUAAAAAACUCCUUGAAAUAUUUCCCAAGGGAAAGUUUAUUGCCAAAAAUAUGUUUCAAGUGGAAUUCAUGCACUACCCAAAGCAACAACAGUGUGGAAUUGAUGUAUUAGACCAAAUGGAAAGUUUUGGAGUGAUGCCUGAUUCUGAAGUUAAAGAAAUCUUGAUCAAUACAUUUGGCAAACAGAGUCACGUCUUCCGAAAGUAUGGAAGGAUGAUGUAUUGGAUGCCCAAGUUUAAAAACAUUACCCCAUUUCCUCUUCCUGAUCCUCUACCAAAGGACCCUCUGGAACUAGCUAAGCUAGCUCUCCGGAGAAUUUCUGUGGAUCUACAAACAGAAAUAUCUGAGUGGAAUGCUGAAGAACUUGAAGACUCAUUGGACAAGACUUGGAUAGUAGGUUCCCAAAGUCCGUUACAGAGACAACUCUUAGAACAGCACCCAGAUGAUCAAGCAGUAUACAUCGAAGGAUCAUUUAUAGUUUGGUUACGGCAGAUGGCAGUAUCUUAUUUUAUUAUGAGAGCCAAUCCAAAAAAGUACCCUGCAAAAGAGGAAGAUCUUGAUGAUGUAUCCAACAUUACCUUGACAAUGUUUGACCACCAUCCAGAAUCAAAAGAGCUGAUGCUGGAACCUUCGAUACAUGAGCAAGAAGAUGGUACUAUUCUAGCUAUGUGUGCCACAGGAACAUCCAGCCGAGAUUCGCUGCUGUCCUGGAUCCGGUUUCUUCAGCACACCAACCCUUGUCUUAAGAAAAUUCCUGUAGUCUUUACAUUAAAGUCACCAUCUAAAGAGCUGGUGACGGUGGCUGUGAAUGAACAAGAAAGUUCCAUUGCAGAAUCACAAGAAGGUUGUAAGAAAAUACCAACUCGUGAUAAAUUGAGCAAUGUAUCAAGUAACGAGGACUCUAGUAGUAGAACUCCAAGUAAAGACAUUGCAGAUAGAUAACUUAUUAAUGUAUAGUCCUAAUUAUAUGUGUUCUUUAGUGUACAUUUAGAAAAACAGAUAACUGUAUUGGUACAUUUGAAUUAGUCUUGCCCUAUUAAAGCUGAAAUAAUAUAGAUUUUUCUAUAUUUCUUAUAAAUGAUUUGUAAGGGUUGAAUUGUACAUUCUUAAAGCAAGGAGAUCUAAAGACGUAACUUAUAAAGAGCUGCUGAUGAUAAUAAUUCAAUGAGAAAAAUCUGAAAUAUUAUUAGAAUCAAUAAAUGAAUGUAUUACCUCUUGUAUAGAAUAUCGAACUAUAUUAUAAAUAAUUUUUUAUGUGUGUAUAUAUAUUAUAAUCUCUGUCAUCACAUCUGGUCAUGCUAUAUGUGAUUGACUAUGCAUUUUGACAAAGGUCCUGUAACUAGUUUCCAUUAGUAAAGACUUUGUCAGGUCUAAAACUAACAACUCCUUCUUGCAACUUUCCACAAUCCAUUUACUCUAUCAGGAUGACUGUCUCACAGCACCCGCUUGAACAGUCUGAUCACACAGAAAUACUUAGGCACUGAAUCCAGCAACUUUACCUGUUAAUUUCUUCAUACGGAGUAGCAUGAAUACCCGUUGUUUCAUUCUUUAACGACAUGAGGUAUGCAAUGAUUGAAUGGGAGGUAUGACUGGAAUCCUUAUCUUAGUGAACCUGUACCAUUUUAGCCUUGUUUCUAGAUGGAGAUCUUUGAUUGUUUUUGUGUAAUGUUGCCUGGUUCAUGUAGACAGAUUCUGCCACUGACCUUUGCAUUAGCAGAUUUUCACCUGAUGCUGCACUUUGCCUACCAUGGCUGAUGUACUUGCUGCAGGUUUCUUUCUAGAUGAUCUUGGUGUUCCAAGUUGAACUAUAUUAAUUUUUUAUCCAGUGUAUCCCUAUCGUGAAAAUUCUAAAUCCAUAAUCUGAACACAUUUUUAUAAUCUAAGUGUAUGAAUAUUUUGUCCAAAUGUGGUUCUUAUACAUCCUG